AAGAGAGACUCUCAAGAGUCCCCCCUUUUUCCCUGGCCGAUGUCUAAGGCCAUAUAUAUACCACCACCUCGUGGUGCGAUCCUCCGAGAAAGAAACUUUGGGAGUAGCGUCGUCCUAGGACGAGAGAACCGAGAGGCGAAUCUCGAGUCGAGAGUGUCAGGCAAGCCGUAAGUGCGCGGUGCGCGGCGAGGAUAAAGGGGCGAGGAACACGAGAGGAUAAAUGAUCACCACGCGGCACGAUACUGCGGACUAAAGGCGACCAGAAAAGUUGUUCGAAAAAGAUGAUUUCGAGGUACCAGAUACUCUGCGCAGUCUUGCUCUUCGGCACGGUUUUGUUCUAUCAAGCGAUGGCGCAAGUGGAUGGUUACACACCUGGCGUAGACUACCCGAUCUACAACAUGGUGCCGUUCGGUCUGCAGUUUACCUGCGGAGGGAAGCUACCUGGGUACUACGCCGACCCCGAGGCCAGAUGUCAGGUGUGGCAUUGGUGCUUGCCGAACGGACGCCAGUACAGCUUCCUCUGCCCGAAUGGUACAGUCUUUAGUCAAACAACUCGCGUCUGCGACUGGUGGUUCAAGGUCGACUGCAACGACUCACCGAGAUUAUACGGCAACAACGACGAGCUGUACAGAGACGUGAACGGCAACAAGAUCUAACGGCCUCCGCCCACCCGCUCUCCCGAAUUUUACUACUAGUUUCGAGUGUACAUUAAUAAACUCUUUUAUACAUCA